CGUCGCGUUGGUGUCUUUUUUUUUAAAUAUAAUUUUAUUGUACAAUUUAUAUGUUUAUUUAUUUUUUAAAGUAAUUGCUAGUUUUAAUGGCGUUCUCACAGUCACUGGACCUGGACGAGAGCGCCUUGCGUGAGCUGGAACAACAUUUGGUUGUUGCGCCGCCAGCAGCUGCAGCCGAGCUGCCAAAAGUCAACUCAAGCCGGGAACAUUUUUCCGAGUAUUUUCAGGACGAAUUUUCCUAUGUGUCAAAUCUGGCAGAUGAAAAGGACGACACAUCAGUUUUUGACGGCCAGGUUUGCAUCGAAGACAUUUGCUCUGACGCUGAGGAGCCGAUAAAUCUGGAUCAAAGCAGCUUUUUGUGUCCUGUCAAGGACCAGGAGUCCUCCAGGCAGUUUGCUGAGGAUUUAAAGUUUAGUCGCACGAUGGCCAUGACAGAAGUAGCCGGGGAAACUACUAUGAUAACACAAAAUCUUAGCAAAAUGUCACCCAACCAGCUGCAGGUGUCGCCUACUCAGCCAAACGCAAGCAUCCGCGAGGCAAGCAUCCGCGAGGCAGUCAAUGAAAGCAGCCUUGUACCCGUCGACCUAGAAGCACUCAAGUCGCUCGCUGCCUGGAAUCUGCCACAUAGUAUCCUGACAGAGUACAAGAGGAAGGGCGUCGUCGAAAUGUUUGACUGGCAGGCCGAAUGCCUGAGCAAGCCGCGAGUCGUCUUUGAGCACUGCAAUCUGGUCUACUCGGCGCCAACAUCGGCUGGCAAGACGCUCGUCAGUGAGAUUCUACUGCUGAAAACGGUUCUGGAGCGGAACAAGAAGGUGCUCCUCAUACUGCCCUUCAUAUCGGUGGUGCGCGAGAAGACAUUCUACCUGCAGGAUCUGCUGACGCCCGCUGGCUACCGUGUGGAGGGAUUCUUCGGCGGCUACACACCACCCGGUGGCUUUGACAGCAUAAACGUCGCAAUUUGCACGAUUGAAAAGGCCAACUCCAUAGUCAACAAGCUGCUGGAGCAGGGCAAGUUGGAUGUCAUUGGCUGCGUGGUGGUGGAUGAAGUGCAUCUCAUUUCGGAGAAGGGUCGCGGCUACAUUCUGGAGCUCUUGCUGGCCAAGAUCCUGUACAUGUCGCGCAAGAAUGCGCUGCAGAUCCAAGUGAUCACCAUGUCGGCCACGCUGGCCAAUGUGGAACUCCUUCGCCGUUGGCUGGACGCUGAACUGUACAUCACAAACUAUCGUCCAGUGGCGCUGCUGGAGAUGAUCAAAGUGGGCAGCAAAAUCUAUGACCAGCAGCUGGAAUUUCAGCGCGAUGUGUCCAGGGAGUCGCUGGUGCCAUGCCUGAGCAACGAUCCGGAUCAUGUGGCCCAGCUGUGCAUCGAAACGCUGCUCGAGGGCUGCUCCGUAAUUGUGUUCUGUCCAUCGAGGGACUGGUGCGAGAGCCUUGCCGUGCAGCUGGCCAUCGCCAUUCGCGGUCUACUUCAAUCGGGCACUGAACUGAGCGGACGCCUUCGCUCGAAUCUCAAUCCAGAGGCCAUUAAAGAUGUGAAGCAGCAGCUGAGUGAGAUUCCCACAGGACUCGAUGACACCAUGGCCAAGGCUGUUACCUAUGCCUGCGCCUUCCAUCAUGCCGGACUAACCACAGAAGAACGCGACAUUGUUGAGGCCUGCUUCAAGGCUGGCGCCCUGAAGGUUCUCGUGGCCACAAGCACACUCAGUUCGGGCGUCAAUCUACCCGCGCGACGCGUCAUCAUACGCUCCCCGCUCUUUGGCAAGAGCCAAAUGAGUUCCCUCACGUAUCGCCAGAUGAUUGGACGAGCUGGACGCACGGGCAAGGAUACGCUGGGCGAGUCCAUACUGAUAUGCACGGAAUCCAAUCAAAGGGUGGGCCGGGAACUGGUGCAGGCGCAGCUGCAGCCCAUUUCUUCGUGUCUCGGAAUGGAUGAUAGCACUCAUCUAAAACGCGCGCUUCUGGAGGUUAUCUCUUCUGGUGUGGCCAGCACCAGGCAGGAAAUUGAAAGCUUCGUCAACUGCACUCUUCUGAGUGCUGAAAAAGCCAUGGCCAAGCAGUCCGAAGAGCAACAGCAGCAGCAGGAGCAGGACUCCGACUCGCAAUUCAUUGCCGAAGCCCUCGACUUUCUCAUUGAUUACGAGUUUAUUCGCCAUCAAGUGGAUGAGGAUGUUGGGACAGCGAACUAUGUGGCCACUCGGCUGGGAUCCGCCUGUUUGGCUUCUUCCAUGCCGCCCGGCGAUGGUCUCAUUCUGUUUGCAGAGCUGCAGAAAUCACGUCGCUCCUUUGUGCUGGAGACUGACCUGCAUGCGGUGUACCUGGUGACUCCCUAUUCAGUGUGCUAUCAGCUGCAGGAUCUCGACUGGCUGCUGUACCUCGAUAUGUGGGAGAAGCUCAGUCCAUCGAUGAAGAAAGUGGGCGAGCUGGUGGGCGUCAAGGAGGCGUUCCUCAUAAAGGCCAUGCGAGGCCAAAGCAAACUCGACUAUAAGCAAAUGCAGAUACACAAGCGCUUCUACACGGCUCUGGCCCUGCAAGAACUAGUCAACGAGACGCCCAUCAAUGUGGUGGCCCACAAGUUCAAGUGCAAUCGCGGUGUGCUGCAGGGACUGCAGCAAAUUUCCUCAACAUUUGCUGGCAUUGUGACGGCUUUUUGCACUUCGCUGCAGUGGUCCAACAUCGCCCUGAUUGUGUCGCAGUUCAAGGACAGACUGUUCUUCGGCAUACACAGAGAUCUCAUUGAUCUGAUGCGGCUGCCAGACCUCUCACAGAAGCGUGCGCGUGCCAUCUAUGAUGCUGGCUUCACCAGUGUCGUGGAAUUGGCUAGUGCCGAUGCUCUCGUGCUUGAGAAAGUCCUUUACAACUCUCUCAGCUUUGACUCCGCCAAGCAGCACGACCACGAAAAUGCGCAUGAGGCCGCCAAGCGGAACAUGAUCAGAAAUUUCUUCAUCACCGGCAAAGCGGGCAUGACUGUGGCUGAGGCUGCCAAGCUGCUGAUUGAUCAGGCGCAAAAACAUCUCCAGCAUGAGAUUGGAGUGGGCAGCAUUAAGUGGUCACAGAAUCGAAUGGAGAAUAAGUCAGCAGAUAGCGGCAUGGAGGUGGAAAUGCACAUGUCGCUGGAGGAAGGGCAAGCUCAGCAAAUGCCGCCAACAAAACGAAAAUCGACAGGAGAAGAAGAAGGAAAUGUAACACCACCGAAGAUAACGAAAGAGACUCCCCCGAGAGUCGUCAACGUUAUCAAAAACACGACACAAAAACCGACAGAGAAGCCUAAGCCAAUGACCAAAGAGAAGGGAUCAGUAAAUGUGACGCCAAAGAAAACUGUAGAUCCCAGCAAGGACGUGCCACAGAGUGCAGCAGCCUCUGCCCAUUCCGAUACUCACAAAACUAAGAGCAACCCAACGAACGUUAAAUCCCCACAAACCAAAGAUAAACAAUAUGUGAAUACUUCCAGGAUGACACGACGGAAAUCAUUAGAUAUUAAUAAGUUAAAGGCAUUGCAGCCAGUACCUGUCGCCUCAACGAACACACCAAAAACUAACAACAUCCCAAGGGCAGCAACAAACGCUUCCCAUUUGAGUACGCAAAAAGCUAACAACAUCCCGAAAGGACUCCCCACUGAGGUACUGAAAGAAAACUUAAAUCCCAACAAAGUACAAAACCAAACACCCAAAACGAACGUAAAGUCCCCACGAACCAAAGACACUCAAUCUGUAAAUACUCCGAGACUGACACUAAGCAGAUCAACCGAAAUCCUUGAGCAAAAGGUAGUGAAGCCAGCACCUGUCGCCUCAAAGAACGAACCAAAAACUAGCAACAUCCCAAAGGCAGUGAGUCCCGGAGUACUGCGGGAAAGCUCGUGUCGAGUGGCUCACCAAAAAGGGCAAAAUGACACACCCAAAUCAUCUAUGAUACCCGAGCUUAAGAUAGACAAUCGAUCAGCAGAUAAACGACGUACAGCAAAGGAUUACUUAGAAGAAAGAUCCCCAAGGAGCAGUUGUGGGCCCGAUAAGCGGAUGAUGCCACGUCGGUGUACAGUAGAUUUCAAUGGCCAAAAGGAAAAUAUAACUUAUUCUCCGCCCAGCACAAGUAAAGCUCUUCGCGAAGAGCUACAGAAAAAACAAACUGAGGAGAACCGUCGCAUUGCACUUAUGAAGUUAAAUCAGAGACGAGACAAGCUGGAGGCCACGCAGACGACUCCACUUGUAAAUGGAAAGCCGCGAGAUGUAAUAAGCAGCACGGAUCCACAUUUGAAUAGAGUUUAUGACACUCAAAUUGCAACCCAAAAAGCACAGUGCCCCGCUGUCAAACCAUCCUUCGUGGAGGAGGAUAUCUUUAUGGGCGACGAUUCGUUUCUGAUGAGCACUGGGGUGACUGCUGCUCUCACAGCCGCCGAGUGUAAGCAAACUGUUGUUCCCACCUCGAACUGGGAGGCGGAUGAGAUACCCAGCUCGCAACCAAGGGAGGAGGAAGGCACACGUGCCUCAUCACCGCAUAGUUCCAGGUUCAUUCGUUCGAUGCGCUCGCAGCGCUUGCAAAGUCCAAGAUCAUCGACCAGUUCCAUCGGGACAGCAAGAAGCACGCCGGGCUCUGGAUCAUUUUUAAGUUCAGCUAAGAUCUCGCCCCAUGUGCCAACGAUUGCAACCUCCCAGGCGGAACUCUCCGAAGUGUCCAACGGCGCUGGGAUGGUCUCAACUGAGCUUCAACUUUCCAACAUGACCCUGGAAAACUCUUUGCUGAAGCAUCCCCAACAGCUGAAUGCCUCGCACAUCCUCAGCUACUCCGAAGCGGAUGACAAAGCGCUUAGCUUUGACAGAAUUGAGAUAACCGACAUAUGCGGCAAUCGUGAGUUGUUCCAAUUGGCGCUCAACGAACUGCAGGCUGCCUCGCGCUGUGGCUUCAGUGUAUGCCUUCAAGCGCAGGCGGGCAAGGCAAAGCCACUGAUCGGAGCCAAUCUGCUGAUCAAUCAGUUGGCAGCGGCAAAGCAGCGUGAAGCAGCUGCAGGCAACCCGGCGCUCUUCCAGGUGGAUGAUGGCAGAUUCAUAGCAGGCGUGGCAUUCUGCCUAGCCGACAAUGUUGUCUACUAUAUGUGCAUGCAGGAGGAGGGCACCGAAAUCCCCACCAGCCUCAAAGUGCAGGAGCUGUGCCAGUUAUUGAAUCGCCCAGAACUCACGCUCCUCGUGCACGAUGCAAAGGAACAGAUGAAAGCGUUGUUCCAUGGCGUGCCUGAACUGCACAACAUCACAGCUAAGGUGGAGGAUCCCAAGGUGGCCAACUGGCUGCUGCAGCCGGAAAUAUCAAUCUGCUUUAAAAAUAUGUGCCAGCAAUUUGCGCCCGAGUGCACAGCUCUGGUCGAGCUCUGUGGCAGCGGGCGCGGCUACAGCAGUCAUGGACUUGAUACCUCCAGCGCCAUACUGCCCAAGUUGCGUGCAUCAAUAGAGGCCUGCGUCACCGUGCACAUACUCAAAGGGCAGUUGGAGGUUCUGGAGAGAACUGGUCGAAUGACAAGCAGCUUUAAAGACGUGGAAAUGCCCAUUCAACUUGUACUCUGCAAAAUGGAAUGCUACGGCUUUCCGGCCAAGCAGCAACGCAUGACCAGGCUGGUAAAAUGCAUGCAGGACUCUUUGAAGAAGGUGGAAAAGAAGAUCUUUGCCAUGCAUGGAUCGUACUUCAAUUUGGGCUCCACGCAGGCCGUUGCCAACGUGCUGGGACUUCACAAGAAGCCAACCGGUCGUGUGAGCACUUCACGUCAAGUUCUGGAGAAGCUGGGCUCGCCCAUAUCCGAGCUAAUACUCGUUCAUCGAAAGUUGAGCAUGCAAUUGGACAAGUGCAUGCAGCCGCUGAUUAAAUGCUGCGUCGCAAAUCGCAUCCAUGGCCACAGCAUAACUUACACAGCCACGGGACGCAUAUCCAUGAGUGAGCCAAAUCUGCAGAAUGUGGCCAAGGAAUUUGCCAUUCGAAUGGAAUCGGUGUGUAUUUCCCCUCGAUCAGUGUUCAAGUGCAUUGACGAGAAGCGCUGUCUGCUGUCGGCGGACUACUGUCAACUGGAGAUGCGCAUCUUGGCACAUUUAUCGGAGGACAAAGCUCUGGUUUCGGUUAUGAACUCACCGCAGGAUCUAUUUACGGCCAUUGCUGCCCACUGGAACAAAAUAUCGGAGGCAGAAGUCACCGAAAAAAUGCGCAGCGGCACCAAACAGAUUUGCUAUGGAAUUGUUUAUGGCAUGGGUAUGCGUAGCUUGGCCGAUGCUCUGCAAUGUACAGAGUCGCAGGCGCAACUGACAUGUGAGCAAUUCCACCAGGCCUAUCCAGGCAUCAGAGCAUACUCGGACAAAGUGCUGAGGGUCGCCCGAGUAAAGGGCUUUGUGGAGACCAUAACGGGUCGAAGGCGUCACCUCGACCACAUCAAAAGUGGCGAACAAAAUCUAAUAAAGAAAGCCGAACGACAGGCCAUAAAUACGACCAUCCAAGGCUCUGCAGCGGACAUUGCCAAGAAGGCAAUGCUAGACAUGGAGAAGAACAUCGGUCGUUACUGGAUGAGGCUCGGUGUGGAGGAGAAUUCCAUCAAAUUGGUUCUACACAUUCACGAUGAACUGAUCUAUGAGGUACCCAAAGCCAAGGCCAAGAAUAUUGCCAAACUGCUCAGUCUGACCAUGGAGAACGUUGGCAAGGGGAAGCUGAGCGUGCCGCUAAAGGUCAAAGUUAAAAUGGGUCCAAGUUGGGGGGAAAUGCAAACAAUUCAAUGACGCAUACAAAGGUUGUGAUUAUUUAAGGUUUUUUGCCUGUUUA